AUGCCACAGCCCGCAGCAGCAGUUCGUGCUGCCCUCAACGCCUUGCCGAGGGCAACCCCUCGCCAGCUUGUCCGCACAAUCUCAACCGCCCGCGCCGCCCCCGCCAAGCGCCCAAUCGCCCCAAGUGCCACGAGGCCCCUGUCGCAGACACACCAGUCAUUGGUACAACGCAGAUUUUACAAGACAGUAGAGGAGGCGAAGAGCCGGUACCGUUCAGGGCCCUUCUCAUGGAAAGCCGGCCUCCUGUUUGUGCUCACCGGUAUCGGCCUGGUGUGGUACUUCGAGAGUGAAAAAGAGCGGAUGAAGCGCAAGAGGAUAGCAGAGGCCACAAAGGGGGUCGGCAAGCCCAAAGUUGGCGGUCCGUUCUCCCUCAUCGAUCAGAACGGUAAUACGGUGACACAUGAGGACCUAAAGGGCCGGUAUGCCCUGGUUUACUUUGGCUUCACUCACUGCCCAGAUAUCUGUCCUGAUGAACUGGAUAAAAUGGCACGGAUGUUCGACCUGGUCGAGGAACAGCGCCCCAAUUCCCUGACCCCCGUCUUUGUCACCUGCGAUCCAGCUCGCGACGGCCCCAAGGAACUGAAGGAGUACCUGGUCGAAUUCCACCCCAAGUUCCUAGGUCUAACCGGCACAUAUGAGCAAAUCAAGGCUAUGUGCAAGGCCUAUCGCGUUUACUUCAGCACUCCCAGCAAUGUGAAGCCCGGUCAAGAUUAUCUGGUUGACCACAGCAUCUACUUUUAUCUGAUGGACCCCGACGGAGACUUUGUUGAGGCUCUGGGACGGCAGCACUCUCCUGAACAAGGCGCCAAAAUCAUCCUCGACCACAUGAAGGACUGGAGGGGCCAGUGGCGGAAGGAUUGA